AUUAUAAAAUGCUUUUGCUGCAGCUUCAUGGGUAACGAUUAAGCUGGGGUUCAAAGGCGGAAAAAUGGCCGUGAGGAGUUCUUGGGUGGCGAUGGGGAGCAAUUCAGAUGCCAGGAGGUUCGGGGGUCUCUCUUGCUACACCCGAUGGAAGGGGCAGGAAGGGUCGAGCCAAACAACUUCCCACGCUCGGCGGGUGUUGAGCGCUUCCUUCCUGCAACCCACAAGGGUGACAAGCGGCAGGAGGAAGGGGGCGAAGACAGAUUGGAGCCGAGGGAGGAAGAAGAAGGUGACCGCGCCUUAGACCGGGCCUCCCGGAGCUGAGACGAAUUGAGGCGGGAACCGUCGCUGCUGGAGGCGACAUGGAUUCGGGGCCUGUUGGGCCGACGCGGGGCCGUCGGCGUGUUCGGUUCACGCUGCUGGUCUUGUGGGCGCUGCUGCUUCUGACCCGCUCUUCGGAGGAAGAGAAGAAACGGGAAAACACCAGAGACGUAAUUUUUGAUGUUUGUGCUACUUGCCAUGCAAAUGCCACCUGUGUACAAAAAGAUGGCAAAGAUAUCUGUGAAUGCAACUAUGGAUUUAUUGGAAAUGGAAGAACGAUCUGUAGUGAUAAAAAUGAAUGUCUUUCUGGCAUUUGCGGAGAGCAUGCUGUAUGCCAUAACACACACGGAAGCUAUUACUGUGUUUGCCAUGUAGGCUUCCAGGCUUCUAAUAAACAUGGAACAUUUAUUCCCAAUGAUGGCACAAAAUGUAUGGUUGUGGAUUGUGGACCUCCACCUUAUAUUCCAAACACUCUGUCAGCUCCUGUGAAUAAAACCACUUAUGGAAACCAAAUUCUUUAUACUUGUCAGCCUAAUUAUGUCCUUGAAAGUGGAAACUCAGCUGCGUUUUGCAAUGCCAAAGGAAAAUGGGAAGGUGCAGACAUGGUGUGUAAAGAAAUAGAUUGUGGAAAACCACCGUGGCUGCCAAAUACAGACAUUAUCUGGAAUAACAGCACAACUUUAGGGAGCACCAUAUACUAUAAAUGCAAGGAUGGAUUUCAGUCUUUUGGAGAACAUAAUUUUUCACAAUGUAAAAUAUCUCGCAAAUGGGAAAACAUUACUUUUGAAUGCAAGGAAAUCAUCUGUGGCCAACCUCCUGUACUGUCUUUCUCAAACAUGAUAUGGAAUGGGUCUACUCAUCCAGGAAGCACCGUAGAAUAUAGCUGCAUGAAAGGUUUCUAUUCCACAGGGACAAAAAGUCAUUCUGUUUGCACCAGAAAUGGAUCUUGGGAAAUAUUGGAUUUAAGAUGCAAAAAAGUGCAAGACUUUGUUAAUAUUACAUGGAAAGAUCCUUGUGUAUCAUGGAGGAGACAUUAUGGAAGUGCUGGAGUAAAUGAAACUUAUCAAAUUACUAUAUUGAUGCUAGGAAAUGAAUCAAAAGAAACGACAGAUAUGUUGAUCAAACCUCCUGCCACUGAAAUGGCUGUAAAUGUGUGUUUGCAGUUACGCCAACACACAAAUUACACUGUGGAAAUUAUUGCAGACUCCAUCAAUUUGCGUUUACGGCUCAGAAUAGCACAUCCAGUAAUUCAUCCAGUGGUUGAAAAGACAGUAUUCAACAAUAUCUCCAUAUUUAAUGACACCUGUAUUAAAUGGCAGAGAGUCCCAGGAAGAAGGCAGUCUGAGGAAACCUACCUAAUUCACCUAGUGGGUCUACGUUGGUAUCAGAAGGAAUUCAGUCAUGAAAUGAUUCUUAACUUUACCACAGAUUCUUGGAAUCCAGAAUUGUGCCUCAAUUUAUCUUCAGGCAGCAAUUACACUGUAAACAUCUCCACUGCUGACCUAAAGCAUAGUGUCCUCAUCCAUUUGAGUGUCCCAUUAGCAGGUCACUGGGAAACUCCUCAAGUGCCAUCUGGAAUCUUGCUGAAUCCAUCAGAUCCACCAUCGCCACAAGUAGAAUUCAUGUCAACACGAGACUUUAUACCAUUAUUGAGCUUUCUGAAAGCUGAAGGAAGAAAUGGUCCAAUCAGUUCUUACCAAGUGAUUGUCAUUCCUGGGAUUCCGCUCUGCAACUUUAAUUGCUAUUCCUUGACCAACCUCUCCUACUUCAGCAAAGGUUCAGAAUCUGAUAGCUACAUGACAGCUGAGUUCUCAGCCAAGAGCAUUCCUGAAAACAGGUUGACCUUUGUUCUCGGAGACCGACUAUAUUAUGGAGGAUAUUAUAAUGCUCCCUUGAAACCAAGAAAGGCAUAUUGUAUUGUACUUAGGACUGUCAGCAAGUGGAAUUGGAUGAGAACACAGUCCUGUGUAAUAUGGGCCCAUAUUAGAGAUAUAUCAUUCCCAGUGCAGCAUUUGACUAUGGUUAUUUUAAGCUCAGUUGCUGCUAUCAGUACCAUCUUUUUAUUAUUACUCUGCCUAGCAUGCAGCACAUUCAACUCCAGCUGAACCGUCAAGUAAACGUGUUUUUUUUUUUGAUAGACUGGAUAUUUAUCAACUACUAUCAAUACUGCCCAAGAAAGCAAUGCAUGGUUCUGCAAAUGCUUUUGUCUAAUAGAUACAACUCCUGAUCAUUUGGAAGAGAAUAAAAACAAGACACAGAAAUACGGAGCUAUCCUUCAGUGCUCAAGAGGAAGAAACCCAUAUGCAAAAUACCAUCUCCUGCCUUCCCAUUUAAAAAGGGCUUUUCAUACCUUGUUUUCUUCUUGUAAUUUUCAAUCUUGAAGCUUGUUAGGUGCACAUUUUACAUCCAGAGCAAACUUGUGUGUCUUCUGUUUCAGUUCAUGUUAAGACACUGAAUUUAUUUUUGGAUGGGAAGUUACUAAAUAUUUUUAAAUAAGAACCUUUAGUAACUCUUUAAAAAUAGAACAAUUAUAUUAGAGGCCCAAGUUAAAACCAGAAAUACACAUUUCUGAAAAUGAGUUAAAGCUGAAUUUGUUUUCCUUUGAAAUCAAGAGGACUUUUCCCCUUAUUUCAAUAGAAUCUAUGCUUACUUUUGUAAUUUGGAUCCACUCAGUAAGUACACAUUUCUACUGUGUUGUUUAAUGGGACUAGGCUAAAAAGAUAUAUAUAUUUUUAACCAUUCUCGUAACUUCCAGAAAAUUUUGCUACUUUCAUAAUUUGCAAAGAAGCAAAAUUUGGUGUAAUUUUCAUUUAGCAAGAACUUUACAGUAUUUUGUAGCCUCCCACACUUCCCACAUUGCAUUUCAAAUUAUGAUGGAAUAUCUUUCAAAGGUUUGGGUUUUUUUUUUAGAUUAGAAGCAUGAGCACAAAGCAAGAAGAAACGGCAUUCAUUUUAAGACUUACAAUUAUUAGCUUUCAAGGAUUACGGAAAGCAGUGUUGACAUUGGAGAGAUUGGGGCUGGCGUCUUCAGCCCUCCUGGACCUGAAGGCUUAACCCAUCCAUUUUAAAGCUUUAAGUGAAAAAUGUAAAACUUACAUUAAUUUUCUCUUUAACUUGAAAAUGCUAAAACUCCCCCAUCAAAAAUUCCAUUUUGCUAUUCAAUUGGCACUCUGUAGCCUUGGACUGCAAAUUUCUAACCCCUGGUGUUCUAUGAUCUGCAAAGAAAAAAAACACCAUUACAUUUGCUGUUCAAAAGUAAAAUUGUUUCCAAAAGAAAACAAACAAAACAAAAACAAAACAAAAAAAACCAACCAAAAGAAUUUUGCAAGCAAAAUGCAAGAGAAAAGACAAGUUUCUUUCAUGGAAGUAAACAUUGGGCAAAUUGGAAGAUAUAUUUCAACACACUCUCAAAUCCAGGGAACUUCUAACUCCGAUGUAUUUGUCUUUAGAACUUUGUUUUAAAUGUAGUUUUUGACUUACGAUUUUAAGAAAUAAUUGGUAGAAACCAGUUAAGCAGAAAUGUUUACAGAACUUUGAUGAUCACUUGAGUAUUAAAGAAAAGCAUUUAUUUUUCA